CAUCUUCCGUCGUGGAGCGCAGAUUUUUACACUGUCCUUGCUCAUUCCAUUCUGUCGAGUUCUCCUGCCAGAACAUUCUUCGAUUUGCUCGCCGCUCGGUGCUUUUCAUCUUUUUUUUUUGUUUUCCGUAAAGAUUUCUUCGGCGAUUUCACACAUUGAUUAUUGUUGCCGCUGCUGUGUGCUAUCCAUCUCGAACCGAUUGAACGGACUGACCAUCGGUGGUUGUUCUCGAGGCGUGGACACACACAGACACAGUGCGAAGAGCACAAAAUCAGACAAAAAAACUCAAGUGCAACAAAAGACAUGAAGGAAAGAAGGUAGUCGCAGCAGCAGUUGAUUUUGGUGACCGGUUCCCGGUGGUCAGUUCCGAGGCUGACCGGCGAAAGAGCGCCAUUAGAAGCUUUAAACCAAGCACAAGUGAAGUGCUGCUGUGAAUGGGUUUGCUGUGAAAAAUGUGAAUCGCUGCAUUGCACGAGUCCUAGCGAUAAGUCGCAAGUUCAAAGAACGGAUGUUUGAUCGGCGAGGAAUUUGCUGAGUGGACAGAAAACGCCAAACUGGUGUCGACACUACCAGAUUCGAACGCAAUCGUUCCUAUGACAUUUUUGUCUCUGGUAUGCGUUCCGAAAGGACAUGGCAACACUUUUGGGGCCACUAACAACGACGACAACGACCAACGGCAGCAGCAGCAGUAGUUCUUCUCCGAAGUGGGAAAAACUGUCCCAAUCAAUACGGGACACGAACAAUCUCCCUGGCGGCGUUGGCGGCAGAGGCAGAAGCAACAAAAGUAGUAGUGCAAGUGGAACCAAACUCCUAGUUGUCCUGCAACCAGCAUCAUCAAUUCCGUACGACAUUGCAGCUGACCGACGACCAGCUUGGCUGCGGCGUGGUGGUCAGAUCCAUAACUCUUGUCACAGAGAUACAAAAGCGUCCACCCUCUGCUUCCUGCAGCACCUUUCUCUAAGAGGGGGCGCCUUCCAGCAGUGUUAAAAAUUUGGCUGAAUACCAAAAAACAUUAAUAGCUCCAAGCUACCACCCUCUAUCUGAGGGACGACACUAACGUGUGUGUCCUUUUUAGGUUAGAAAUAUAUAUUCAUUUUUUGUUAUCGUGUGGGAUCUGAUUCCUCGAUUUCGGAACCUAGAGUAAACAAACACACGUACAACGCGAGAAAACCAUUGCAGUCCGGAACAUUACCAAACGAAAAGGGACUUCCAACCUGUGUCCUCUCGAGCAAAUUCACGCUCCACUCCCGGAGCAGCUGCGGUGAAAUAUCAUAAAAACCUACCAUAUAUGAAGAGUGCAAGGAAUCACAACCAGACUAGGUUCUGUAGCGGCAAAUAUCAUUUGGAUUGGAAUCAAAAUUCAAUCUAGGGCAUCUCUAAGUACAGUGUUGUGCCCCUCCACUCUCAGUUAUAGCUAAAAAGCCAGAUCGGAGACGGUGAACAAAAAAAGGAAGAAAAUUACCGAGUGAUACUAGAUCUAAUACUCUUUGGAACUGCAAAACUGUUUUGUGUUACCUAGUUUGUCUCUGUUGGGACAACGUGGAUAUCGCGGGAACAUUCGAUUGGCUUGUAAGGGAGUGUGAAAAAAAGCCUAACAACGAUGACUGCGACACAGCCGAAUCGAGAAUUCGUCGAUGGAUGGACACUGGCACAGACCCUCGGAGAAGGUGCCUAUGGCGAAGUGAAACUGCUCAUCAACCGCCAGUCGGGUGAGGCCGUAGCAAUGAAGAUGGUCGACCUGAAGAAGCACCCGGACGCGGAAAGCUCGGUCAAAAAGGAGGUCUGCAUCCAGAAAAUCCUGCAGCAUCCCAACAUUUUGAAAUUUUUCGGCAAACGCACCCAGGGCGACAUCGAGUACAUCUUUCUGGAAUACGCCUCCGGCGGGGAGCUGUUCGAUCGAAUCGAACCGGACGUCGGAAUGCCGAUCCCGGAAGCCCAGCGGUACUUCAACCAGCUGAUGGCCGGUGUGGAGUAUCUGCACACUCGGGGCGUAGCCCACCGGGACCUGAAGCCGGAAAAUUUGCUUCUGGACGAGCAUGACAAUGUGAAAAUCUCCGACUUUGGCAUGGCGACCAUGUUUAGAAUGAAGGGCCGCGAGCGUUUGCUGGACAAAAAAUGCGGAACCCUACCGUACGUGGCGCCGGAAGUGCUAGUCAAACCAUACCACGCAACACCCGCCGAUCUGUGGUCUUGUGGAAUCAUUCUAGUCACAAUGCUGGCAGGAGAACUGCCCUGGGAUCAACCGUCGACGUCCUGUGCCGAGUACCUCUGCUGGAAAGAGAACAAGUACACCACCGCGACUCCCUGGUGCAAGCUGGACACCCUGACGUUGUCGCUGCUGCGGAAGAUUCUGGUCCCGAGCGCGUCCCAGCGGCUCACCCUGGACAAAAUCCAGGAGCACAAGUGGUGCCGUUUGCAGUUCAAUGGAAAUCAGGGUGGCAUUUCGGACUCCAGCGGCAAUGGACGGGACGCGGUGGAUGGAAUGAUAUCUCCGCGGGCCAAACGUCUCUGCUCGAACCAGGACCUAUCGACGCCGCUGGAUGAUUCCACAUCGCGGCUUUGCCAAUCACAGCCGGUGCCUACAAUCACCCAUAUGGAGGUGCACGGUAUGGAGGAGGCAAUCGAAGCGCGUAACGGCUUUUGCUUCUCUCAGCCGACGAUGCUCGAUGAUUUGAUUCUGUGUACCCAGUUGAAUCCGACCCAAUCGGUGGGGGCCACCCAGUCAAAUCCGUUCCAGCGGCUAGUUAGACGGAUGACUCGAUUUUUCGUGGCAGCAAAAUGUGACGAAGCUCUCAAACGGUUGUCUACUGCCCUGGAGAAGUUGGGGUACAGCUGGAAAUCCAACGACGAAGGCGUCAUUACCAUUUCUACCAUCGAUCGGCGAAAGCUACAGCUGAUCUUCAAGGCUAACAUAAUUGAGAUGGAUGGUAAAAUUUUGUGUGAUUUCCGCCUAUCCAAGGGUUGUGGAUUGGAGUUCAAGCGACGUUUCAUUCGGAUCAAACAAAGUUUGGGGGACAUUGUGAUGAAAGGCCCGGUAACGUGGCCCAUCGCCAUUGCAACCAAUUCGGUGCCUUAGACGUCAUAGCGCUUUUCGAAAAGCCGCGCGGAGUUUAUUAUGAAACCGUUCCGAAGUGUUCUUGUUUUUGCUUUUUACCUAGUAGCUGCCGUCGGGUGAUAAGAAACUAAAGUGCGUUUUGGUGUUCACUCUACCCUUAACUAGAUUUUCGAAAAGUAGUAUACGGUUUUUCACAACAGUACCUAAUUAUGGAAAGGAAUUGACAAAUUCAGGGAAUCAUUUUGCCGUUAGAGCACACAGUCCUUUUCUAGAAUUUGUAAUCAAGCAGAAAUCUCACGGAGAAUGUUGACUUAUGAAAUGAAUUAUACGUUAGCCAUAAAUGAUAAUCGAUUUUCUAUUGAAA